AAUAUUAUACUGAAUGUAUAGUAGUAUCCUUUUGUCAUUUUUUUCGUUAUCAGCGACGUGAUAGUUGAUAUCAGAGUGAUUGACAACUGUUCUUUGUCUUAUUGGGAGGUUGUACAACUUCCGCAUGUAGUGUGAUGAGCGACUGACUACUAAUCUUGCGUCAUGUGUUCAUGUGUUGCGCUGACGUUACUUUUUAGGUAUUCCGAUAACGUCUGGGAAACGAUUUAUGAGUACUUAGUAUUACGUAUAUUGACAGUAUUGAUCUACACUUUACUGUGCCAACCACCUCCAUGGCUAAACGCACUCAGCCAAAUUGGAAACCACCAGAACUUGCUGAAGGGCCAAAAUUAAGGCUUUACAACAGCCUUACAAGGCAAAAGGAAGUGUUCAUACCUCAAAAUGGACGGGAAAUUAAAUGGUAUAGUUGUGGACCUACGGUCUAUGAUGCAUCACACAUGGGCCACGCCAGGUCAUAUAUCUCAUUUGAUAUUCUUCGCCGUGUACUCUCUAAUUAUUUUGGGUACGAUGUGAAAUAUGUAAUGAACAUUACAGAUAUUGAUGAUAAGAUUAUCAAACGUGCUCGUCAGAAUUACUUGUAUGAACAAUAUGAGUCUGAGAACAAAGAACUUUCACUAAUACUGAAUGAUGUAAAGGGAGUGAUGGAACAGAUGCAAGGGUGGGUUUCUGCUGCAGAAGAUCCUGAUCGAAAAGCAAUGCUUGAGAAAAUGCUUUCUCGUAUGAGUGAUGCAGUAAGUGAUCUCGAAGAUGCAGUAAAAAGAAAUGACAACAUUGCCACUCAGGAAGCACAGAAACUGCUGCUGAAGGAAGCUAGAGAUCCACUUGCAGAAUGGCUGGAUCAACGAGAAGGAGCAUCUGUUAAUGAUAUCUCGAUAUUUGCAAAAUUAUCGCGACACUGGGAGUCUGAAUUUCACAAAGAUAUGGAUGCAUUAAAUGUCCUCCGUCCAAAUGUUCUUACUCGUGUGAGUGAGUAUAUUCCUGAAAUAAUAAAUUAUAUUGAGAAGAUAAUAGCAAAUGGCAUAGCCUAUGAAUCCAAUGGCUCUGUAUAUUUUGAUGUUGCUGCUUUUGAUGCCAGAAAGAACCAUUUUUAUGCAAAAUUGGUUCCUGAAGCAUAUGGGGAUGCAAAGUCACUUCAGGAUGGUGAAGGUGACCUGUGUAUAUCAGAAGAUCGACUGAAAGAGAAACGUUCUGCAAAUGACUUUGCUCUGUGGAAAAAGUCAAAAGCAGGAGAGCCGUGGUGGGACUCACCAUGGGGUCAUGGUCGCCCAGGGUGGCAUAUUGAGUGCUCUGUAAUGGCAUCUAAUAUUCUUGGUGAAUCAAUGGACAUCCACACAGGAGGUGUUGACCUACGUUUCCCACACCAUGACAAUGAGCUAGCCCAGGCUGAGGCCUACUAUGACAAUAGUCACUGGGUCCGAUAUUUUCUACAUUCAGGUCAUUUAACGAUUGCUGGCUGCAAAAUGUCAAAAUCUUUGAAGAAUUUUGUAACAAUACGCGAUGCUUUGAAGAAACAUUCAGCAAGACAACUGAGAUUUGCUUUUCUUCUACAUUCAUGGAAAGACACAUUGGAUUACAGUAGUAAUACCAUGGAAAUGGCUGCACAAUAUGAGAAGAUGCUUAAUGAGUUUUUCCUCACCGUGAAAGAUAUGAGUCGUUGCACUCUCGCAGAAACAAAUUUGGAUUCCUUCCAAAAAUGGAGAGAGGAAGAGCACUCACUCAGUGAAAGAUUCUUGGCAACAAGAGAUGGAGUGCAUGCUGCUUUGUGUGACAAUAUAGACACACGAACAGCAUUGGAUCACGUCCGAGAACUUGUAGCCGUAUGUAAUGUCUAUCAACGAAAUUGCCGUUCUGUGGGACGUGGGAGUAAUUGUGUUCUGUUAUGGGAUAUUGCAAGCUACAUUACAAAACUGAUGAAAAUUUUUGGUACCAUCCCAGAUGAUGCCUCCUUAGGUUUUCCAGCAUCUUCUGUUUCAUCGAGCCAGAAUGUAGAGCAGAUAGUCAUGCCUUACUUGACAAUACUAUCUGAAUUCCGUGACAGUGUAAGGUCAUUAGCACGGCAGUUAAAAGCAUCAUCAAUUUUGUCAGAAUGUGAUAGGCUGAGAGAUGAAAUUUUACCUGAUGUUGGAGUGCGCAUUGAAGAUUUAGAAGGAAGAGCAUCUGCUAUCAAGCUGGUUGAUAGGGAGACACUAUUGGCAGAACGCGAGGCCCGACGAAAGCAGGAGGCAGAGAAGGCUGCAGAAAAGGAGCGAAAAAAGGCUGAAAUGGCAGCUGCUCAGGCAGCAAAAGACGCUCAGCGCAAAAUCCCUCCCUGGGAUAUGUUCAAGCAUGAAACUGAUAAAUAUUCUCAAUUUGAUGAAAAGGGCAUUCCUACCCACGAUAAAGAAGGGAAAGAGCUAAGCAAAGGUCAGAUCAAAAAACUACAGAAGCUUCAACAGGCUCAGGAGAAAAAAUACAAUGAUUAUUUAUCCUCACUCAAAGAGAAUAGUCUUCCAAAUGGACUCUGAUAUUGAAGAAGUAUAAGAAACAGAUAUUUGUAUUUCUGUUCUGUCAUGUGAACUGAUAUUUAUUUAGUGUGUGUUCUUCUGGAGUACCUAAUUUAUUUUUCAUGUUUUUAAUGUAACUGUGUAAAUGUUGUUUGUAAUGAAAGAAUACAAGAGAUAUAGUUAUUUGUCUGUUGCUGACUGAGAGGCAAAAGGAAAAUGUCAAACAACUUGCUGGACUGUGUAUGUAAAGUCUAAUGUGCACAUAGAAAGCUAGGAAUAUCUGUCAGGUAUGUAAAUGUGUCAGUACUGAAAUAUUAGGAGAAGGAAAGCUUAGGAUCUGUUCCUCAAUAGUACUACCACCCAUACUCAACUUUUUAAUUAAAAAAAAAAAAAAAACUUAAAAAUCAAACAUGGAUCAAUGUUGUUGUGGUACUGACAGUUUGACUAUGAUUAGUGAGUGUUGUCCAAAAGUUGAUGCUGUUUUGCUUGACAAGCUUGAAAAUGCUAAAUACAUGCAGUGUAUAUGGAAACCAAAUUAACAGCAAACCUCUUAAUUACUUGCAUUGUAUUUAAUUGUAUCAUUUUUAUGUUUAAUCACUGCCAUAAUUUCAUUUUUAGACUUUUCCAUUCCUUUCUUCUUAUUGUCUCAUGUUCUGAACACACAAAGGAAAAAAAGUCAGUUUAAUUUGUCAGUAUUUAAAACCAUCUGGUUUUAUUAAAAGUGUAUGAUAUUCCUUAUAACCCCAGUUUAUUUGUCAUAGAUGCAAGUAUCAUAUUUUAUGGCACAAAGCCAUUGAAAGGUUUUGUUUAACCAUGAAACAUUAUUGAUCUCUUUAUGCUGUAUAGCUCCUGUGGGGCUUGUACUAAUGAGUAUAUUUUUGUCUUACUGAAGGCAACCAAGAUUAAUAACUUGUUUAUUUGUAAAUAGUUGUAUUUUUAAAUAUUUUGUGAUUGUGUCAACUGCCCUGUGGUUGUAUGCAAGCCACCCACAGUUCAUGAAUUUUUGUGGUGAUGGUUGCAGUUAUAUGUGGGUUAUGUUGAAUGACUUUAAUCUGACAUUUUUAACUUGACUGAUUACACUGAGAGAUUACGAUAUGUGUGUGCCUUUUGAAUAUAUGUAAUUACUGAAAUAAAUGAACUAUGUGCAUUGGAUCAUUUCACUUGUACAUUAAAACUAAAACUAUAGUUUUAA